CAUCAGCAUGGUUGCGGCGUCGGGUGAGUUGAGGCGCGUGUUCGCGUCCUUCGACCAGGACGGCGACGGCAAGAUCUCCGCCGCGGACCUGCGGCUCUGCAUGAAGGCGGCGACCGGCGAGGACAUGCCGUCCGAGGACGUGAGGGCGCUGAUGGCGUCGGCGGACGCGGACGGCGACGGGCUGCUGGACGAGGAGGAGUUCGUGAGGCUGGCGGGGGAGGAGGUGGAGGCCGAGGACCACGAGCACGAGGAGGAGGACAGGCGCGGCGGGUGGCUCAGGGAGGCGUUCGGGAUGUACGAGAUGGAGGGCAGCGGGUGCAUCACGGCGCUGAGCCUGAAGCUGAUGCUGGCCAAGCUUGGCGCGCACCAGGACAUCGCCGAGUGCCAGGCGAUGAUCUGCAGGUUCGACCUGGACGGGGACGGCGUGCUCAGCUUCGACGAGUUCAAGACCAUGAUGAUGGGCUGAGGCGGAGCAGACGAUGCUACUAGCUUGUCCAAAUGGCUUCUGGUUUAGCAUUGAAUUCCUGGUUGUUCGGGUACUCGGCCGUUGAAGCUGUAAUUCCUGUGUUGUUUGAA